CCGAGUGCUGCCUGUGGGUGGGAGCGCGGCUGGGGCUGCGGCCGGGCGGGCGAGAGAGCGGGGCUGGCUGCGCGCCGCAGCCCGGCAGGGAUGCGGCAUGGCCGUGGGCUCCGUGAAGAUGCCGUCGCCGUGUGAGGGCGCGGAGCUGGCCCGAAGCUGGAGCCCCGGCGGCGGAGCCCAGGAGCCGCCGCCGCCGGUGCAGCUGCGGCAGAAGCUGCGGGAGCUGCCGGCGCUGCUGCGGAGCGGGCUGACGCUGCGGAGGAAAAGCGCGGCCGCCGCCGGUCGGACCCUGUCCAGAAGAAUUUCAAAUCCCUAUUUGGAAACACCUUCAAAUAAGAUUUAUGGAGAAAGUUCUUCCUGUGCUGGGAGAGCUCUCAGGAAUAUUUUUACUCUACAAGCUUCUGACCUGAUUAAAGACAGGGUGUACCUUACUGGCAUUUGCAGGAGAAGUUGUGUUGGAUCAGAACUCGUAGACUGGCUUUUGGAGCAGUGCCCUUUUGUCAAGUGCAGAUCUACAGCAGUUGGAGUGUGGCAGCUCCUCCUGGACAUGGGCAUUAUAUUGUCAGUGGACAGACAACUCUAUUUUCAAGACAGUCAUGCUUUCUACCAGUUCUCAGCAGAUGAAUGCACUUACCUUUUCUGUGAAUUUGAGAAAGAGGAGACAUGGAAGAAUGGAGUAAAGCUCCUACUUCAACUACUGCCACUGUCUCCUCCUAGGAUUGACAUGUGCAAUCUGCCUGAUCAAAAAAUAGAAGAUACAACAGAAACCAAUGCUGAAAUUCUUGCUCGUCUCACUUCUGCGGUACAGAGAGAACUGGCUGCUGUCAUUGCCUUGAAAGCAAGGAAGUCAGCAAUUCAUCAAAAUGAAGAAAACAGCAGUCAAGAAAUAAGAGGACUAGAAGAUCUCAAGGAUACCUCUGAUGCACAGGCAGGAGUUUUAUGCAAGCUUCAGGGAAGAGAUGACAUCGGACGGAUUGAGCUGGUCCAAAAGCUGGCGAGAGAGAACUGCCAGUUUUUGCAGGCGGAUAGAAAAGCACUGGAGAAGGCAGAACAAGUGGACGAUGGAGGCGGCGGCGGCGAGCGGGCGCGGGAGGCGGCCGGCGCGGCGCUGGUGCUGCGGAAGGUGUGGUCACGCAGCCCGGCCCCCGAGCGGCGCGGGAGAUACGUGGUGGUGUCGGGGACGCCGGAGAAGAUUUUGGAGCAUCUCCUCAGCGACCUGCACCUGGAAGCCGCCCAGGACAAAGAGACGGAAACUCUCCUGGAUGAUUUCCUUCUCACAUACACGGUUUUCAUGACGACUGAUGACUUGUGCCAGGCCCUUCUGAGGCACUAUUGUGCUAAGAACCACCAAGGGAAAGAAGAUGACUCUGAUGUGUCCUGUAGGAAAAGAAAAGUCUUGCAUUUGGUGUCUCAAUGGACUUCUCUCUACAAAGACUGGUUACAUGAAGAUGAGCAUUUAAAACAAUUUUUAAAGACGAUAUACAGAAAUGUGUUAGAUGAUGUGUAUGAGUAUCCCGUUCUUGAGAAGGACCUGAAAGAAUUCCAGAAGAUACUUGGGAUGCAUCGCCGUCACACUGUAGAUGAGUAUUCACCUCAUCGAAAGAAUAAAACCUUUUUCCAGCAGUUCAGUGUAAAGGAGAACUGGCUGCAGCACAGAGGAACUGUGAAUGAAACAGAAGAAAUUUUCUGCCGUGUGUAUAUAACAGAGCACUCCUAUGUCAGUGUGAAAGCUCAAGUGUCAACUUCAGCUCAGGAGAUUCUGAAGAUCGUGGCAGAAAAGAUCCAAUACCCGGAGGAGGAGUUGGCACUGGUGACAGUCUCAUUCUCUGGUGAAAAACAUGCGCUACAACCAAAUGAUUUGGCCAUCUCAAAAUCUUUGGAGUCAUCCAGUCGUAUGUUUGUAUACCGAAAAGAUCUGACUGAUUCUUUGAGCCCAUUUUCUGAAAUUGAGGAAUUGCAGCAAAGAUCUGUGAGGAUUUUGGGAAUUAACACCUGGGAUCUUGCCUUAGAACUAACAAACUUUGACUGGAGCCUCUUCAAUGCAAUUCACGAGCAAGAGCUGAUAUACUUCACAUUCAGCAGACAGGGCAGUGCUGAAAACACUGAGAAUCUCAGUCUUCUGCUUCAAAGAUGCAACGAGGUCCAGCUUUGGGUCGCCACCGAGAUACUCCUCUGUAGCCAGCUCUGCAAACGUGUGCAGCUAGUGAAAAAGUUCAUCAAGAUUGCUGCCCACUGUAAAGCCCAAAGAAAUCUGAAUUCAUUCUUUGCAAUUGUUAUGGGUCUCAACACUGCAUCUGUCAGCCGGCUGUCUCAGACCUGGGAGAAAAUUCCUGGGAAGUUCAAGAAACUUUUCACUGAACUUGAAAGUUUGACGGAUCCUUCUCUGAAUCACAAAGCUUACAGAGAUGCAUUCAAGAAAAUGAAAUCUCCGAAAAUCCCCUUCAUGCCCUUACUUCUGAAAGAUGUAACAUUCAUCCAUGAAGGAAAUAAAACGUUUCUGGAUAACCUUGUUAAUUUUGAAAAGCUGCACAUGAUUGCAGAUACUGUUCGGUCAUUGAGACAUUGCAGAAAUAACCAAUUUGGCAAUGAAGUUCCUUCGAAAGAGCAUCACGAGCUGAAGCCAUACGUCCACCACCUGCAUGUCAUCGACAACCAGCAAGUUCUGUUUGAGCUCUCUCACAGGAUAGAGCCGCGAGCGUGAGCGUGCACAGCUUCAUGUAACCUUGUAACUGCAGCACUUUGAAUUAAGUGAAUGUUUAUGCCAAGCAUGUUGCUUCCCUAUAUGAGAACGGUUUACUGAGUUUUAUCAGUAUCUCACACAACAUGCGCAGGAAAAUCAGGCAAGAGCCAGCAAAGGGGCUGCUCGCAGGAUUGCAGGGCAAGCUUGGUGCCAUUCCCACUGCUCCCUGGGACCUGAGGCAGCAGAGCAGUGUCCUUUGAGCUCAGGAGCUUGGUUUCUGUGAAAAUAUUGUUUGGUCCUGUGUAGCUUUCAAUGCAGAUUCUGCCAGUAUUAGAAAGAAAGGAAUCAUCGUGUCACAGCAGCAAAACAUUUCAGCGAGCAACAUGCCGCAAGGGGGUUGAUUCCCAGUUCACCACAGUAUGUACCUCACUAAUUCAAGGCUGCCAAAGUACUGUUGCCAAAAAUAAUGUGCAAUCUGUGCAGCUCCCAUGAGUCCACUGGAGCAUAGUAUUUGAGAUGUGUGAACAACCUGGAACAGGAAUAUAACAAGGCAGUGCAACCAGAUGAAACUCGAGAGUGCAUUGUGAUGUGGAGGUCAGCAGUAAACAGUUCACUCUAUGGCUCCUCUACGAAUAUGCUUUAUAAAACACACUGUAGGAGCCAAUCCACUUCUCUUGCAAUUUAUGGAUACAAUUGUUUGUAUACUGAAAACAUGUUAUUUUCUUCCUUUUCAGUUAUCUCAGAUUUAGCACUGGCUCCUGCAGCUAAUGCAUUAUAAAUUAUUAUAGCAGGAACUUCGUUUUCUGCUUGGAUUACAGCUUUUUUGGUAUCUAUUCACAGGCAAAUGCUUAGAUCCAUCUACAUUUCUAAUUCUCCCCAUUGGAAAUACCAUUUCAGGAAGUAAAAUUUCACCUAACUUGCACAUGCUUCUAGUUUUUAAAGAGCAGAAAGGUGCCCCUUACAGGGUACCAGUGUAAUUACCUGCAUACACACCAGGCUCUCAGCAUCAGAGUGCCUUUACUGCUUUUGUCCCUUUCACAGCCCUCCCCAUGACAAUUCUCGUGUAGUUAAAAGUACUGUGUCUGGGCCUGUGCUAAGGCAGCAUUUCUAAAGUAAUGUCUACAGCUGACCUACAUCUCAAGCACCAUCAUCACCUGGUUUCCAGUGCUAAGGAGUUGCCCUGAGAUGAUCCAGUGAAUGCCACAGGAAUGUGCGGAGGGUGCUCCUUGGCAUCUUUGUGCACUGACUCACAGUGACGGUGACGGUCUCUUUACAGAGCAGGGAGGAUACAUUGCAUUGCUUGCCCAUCUCUGUUGUAUGUUUUCCACAUGAGGAAGACUUCCAAGAAAAUGCUCCUUUACUAAAAUGUGGGAAUACUGAAGUAGCAUGCUCUUCAUAAUUGUGUUAUCUCUGGUUUAAAGGGAUUUAAAAAAAAAGCAGCUUUAACACGUAGUCUGUGGGGGAAUCUGUAGAAUGCAUUCAGUUUUCCCAUCUGUGAAAUAUUGUAUAGAUCUAUUGUAAAGGAAACAGAUGUUUCAGAAAUGUAUUUGCUUGUACUUUGUUAUUAUCAAAUACUAUAUGAUUUUUUUUUAAGAAAAAAGAAAUUUCUUUUUACCCAGUAAAAAGAAAAAAAUAAACUCUUGCUGGCCAUGGAGUAAAAAUUUCCUAUGUUCUUCUGUAGAUGUGACUGCACAUAUUGUAAAUAACUUUUUUGUGCAAACAGACCAAAACUGUUCAAAUUAAGAUACUAGCUGUGGUGGGCUCAUUUUUGCAGUGUAAGAACAAAAACCAGAUGCAAUUUGCUGCUUGUGUUUCUGCAGUUCUUCCUAGGGCUACAGCACUUAGAAUUCCCAACAUAGCUGCAUUACCUGGAUGCUUUCCUGGGUUUUGAGCUCCCUCUUGUGAAUUUUUUUUUUACUGUGGCAUUAUUUUUAGGAACCUGUAUGUAGACCAACCUGCAUGCUUCAGCUUGUGUGGUGUAACACUCUAGUCCACAAAGUUGUUCUGGAAAUCUGUGGGAGAGGGAGCAUUCAGAGGUAUUCAGGGUGAGAAGGUGGGGCUGUUUCUCAGUUCACUGCAUUUGGCUCUGUGAUAGUUUUGGUGGCUACUGUGGAUGAAGCAGCAGCUAUGUUGGAGAAGAAUAAAAGACAAGAAAAUGAAAGAAGGAAAGAAAAAAGGAAAAAAGAAGAAAAAAGAUGACUCUGUGCUGAGGGUUUGAUUGUAAAGCCUGAUAGACUUACCUGGAACUCUCCUUACUCUGCCAACUCAAAAUGAAGUAAGGGGAUGGGUUAACUCAUCCCAAUAGGCUUUGAGCCAGCUGAGGUGUUGGCUUUCUGCACCUCUGUAAUUUCACACCAAAUCAGGUGUUGUCUACCAUUUGCAGCUGGCAUAAAAUCAGUCUGAAAGCACACAGCCAGCAUUAACCUUGUUAUCUCUGCUGUGACUGAUUAGACAACUUGUCACAACUUGUCACAGCUUUUCUUCAAUUUUUUUACCACUACUUUUUGUAGUGGCCUGUAUAACUCAGAUUUAAGUUUCAGGUGUGAGGAUCCAACAUGGCUGCAUCAAUUAAGUGUUGAGAAUUGGGCCUUAGAACUCUUCCUAUAAAGGAAAAGUAAAUAGCCCGAACCUGUAGCUAAUAUGUCUAAUUAAAAAAAGGCCCUUCUAUAUCUUCAUUCCACCGGUAAAGUAUUGCAGAGCUUUGCUGCAGACUGGCAAGCAGUUUGAACAUGUGGAAGUUAGGAGGAGAACUAGAAGUAAACCCUGUAUUAGGGAAGGGCAGCACUAUAGAGCCUCUCCCAGGGUCCAGCACUGGUGAUAUUGUGUGAUUUUUUAACAUCCUUCAAUAGUGCAAUUAGAUUAUGUGGUAUAAAAUCUAUAAAUCUUGUAAAUUCCAUUUAUCGCAAUCACAUCUGGGGUUAAAUACUCUGCACACGCUUUAUUUUUAGUACCUAAGAGGAUUAAUUAGAUAGAACAAAGGAAAGAGCUGUGUCACUUUGUACCUCUUUGAUAUGGGAUUUUGUGGCAACAAAUUUAGAUGUUUCUCUAACACAGCUUUUUGAUUCCAACAUCAUCUUGAAUAGCAAUAAAUUUCAUUUGCAUAGCAGUGGCAAAAGAAAGGGUGUUAUCAGAAAUAAGACCUGUUCUGCUGUAAAAAUUACAAAGAAAGAUGUAAAUACUAAACAUUUUAGCAGAGUAAUAUUUAUUUGCAUAGCCUAUUUAUUGCCAUCUUAUACACUGUUAAAGACUGGGAUGAAGUCAAUGAGCUGAGGUAAGAACACCUGCCUGUUCCCUCUUGAGUGCCAUAAAGGUGUCAGCUUGCAUUAAAAGUAAUAAAAUAGAAACCCCCAAAUCAAGGUAUUUACCUAACUUCUCAGGGACUACAGCUAGUAGUUAUCCACCAUCAUGAGACCUGGUAUGUAUGAAAUAAUCUGAUUUACCAGAAUCAAUGUUGCCAAUGUUUUCCUUUGCAUAUUUCAUGCUUGUUUGCCUCUGUACAUAUUAUUGUGUCGUGUAUUUAUGAGCGCUAGUAAGCAAUAAUUUAUAUGUCAAAAUGGCCAAGCAAUACAAGGUUAAAACUUGUAGAAGCAACUGUUAUGUUUAUCUUGCAUUUUCCAGUGUUUUUUAAUAUUGCUUUUCAAAAUAUAAAAACUACCUUAAUGAA